AUGGAAAUGGAGGCAACUAGACUUGCCCACAUCCCCGACGACCACCCGCUGAUCAAUAGACUCUACCCACACCAAAGAAGACUCACCACUCCAACUUCCCCCCCACCUCUCCCAGUCUUCGACCCGCAGAAGAAAUACAAGUCCGACCCACGAAAGCGCUUCUCAACCUGCAUCACCCGCAUCGUGCAACACAUAAUCCCAGGCAUGGAAAGAAUAAGGCCACUCCUUGAAAGCCCAUGGGAUGCAUCUGCACAUGACAUCACCGACCGAAUCCAACUCUUCACCCCGCCAGACGACCCUGGAAACUCAUUCAAACAGGAAUGGGCUGACGACCACAUGAACUUCGUUGCGGAGUGUGAAGAUGACCUGUCAUAUCCGUGCAUACCUGACCCCGAUCUGACUUCCGGACCUCCACCCUCUUCACUCCGGAGUCAUAACCUACCGCUGCCGUUCCGAUACUCACCUUCGGUCUUGGCAACACACCCCUCCUCUUACCUCUCCGACCCUUUCUCCGUCCGCUCCGAUACUCAUCUCGGACCGAACAUCGCCCCACUCGCCACCCUUCCUACAACUCCGCUCCCCCCUCACAAGACCUCCACCCUCCCGUCAUCCCCCUAUGCUUCCCCCGUCCGUUCCGAUACUCACCUUCGGACCUGA